AUGGCCGCCAGCCAAAUUCCCAUCGCGUAUGCCGUGAUUUUGGGCAAUUCAACCGCCUGGCUCAAAGCGCUGCAUGACAGAUACGGAUCCGUCGUCCGGGUUGGUCCAAACGAGCUCAGCUAUGCGGACGCGCAGUCGUGGAGAGAUAUCUACGGAUCCCAUCCCACGCGACGCGCUGGCAUGCCGAGGGAUCUAGCUGGUUUUGCAUCCAUGGAAGAAGGAACCGGUGUAUCCUCGUUGGUCACCGCCAGCGAGGCGGACCACAUGCGUAUGCGCAGUGCGUAUACUCAUUUCUUCUCCAACCAGGCGUUGGCCUCCCAAGAGCCCCUAAUCACAAGCUAUGUGGACAAGUUCAUCGCUAGGCUCUACGGAGCAGCAGGCCAGCAAGUCAACAUGGUGGACAUGUUCUCAUUUCUUUUCUUUGAUAUUAUUGCCGAUUUUCACUUUGGGGAAUCCCUUCGCCUCCUCGAGGAGCCAACACAUGUUCCCUGGGUGAAGAGUCAGUUCGGCUAUAUCCGGUCGUCGCAGAUGCUGGCGACACUCAUGGACUUUCCUUGGGUCAUGAUGUUCUCCAGGCUCAUUCCGUCUGGGUAUAUCAAAAAGCAGAGAGAUGCGUACUUCCGGUUCACCAACGAGCGACUCGAACAACGCCUGGCGGUGGAAUCAGAUCGACCAGACAUCGUCCAUCUUGCUUUCCAUGCACCUGAAAAGAGGACGUUGACCAAGGGAGAGCUCCGCGCCAAUACCCCACUUUUUAUGUUCGCCGGAAGUGACACUACCACUACAUUGUUGAGCGGUCUUCUAGUACUCCUCGGGCAGCAUUCUGCGGUGAUGAAGCGAUUAACCCAAGAGAUCCGCAGCGCCUUCCGGACCAGCUCUGACAUUAACAUGAAGAAGUUGCGGGAAUUGGAAUACCUUGACGCCUGUAUCAAGGAGGCUCACCGCAUCUAUCCAGCGGUGCCCAUUCCCAUGCCGCGCGUCGUCCCGAGGCCUGGAGCCGAGAUCUCGGGCCGCUGGGUGCCGGCAGGAACUCGAGUGUAUUCUUCCCCCUUCAGCACACAACGAUCCACCGCCAACUUCUACGAUCCGCAUGCUUUCCGUCCCGAGCGCUGGCUCAUGGACGCGGAUGUUUGCUUUUCCAGCGAUAACAAAGCUGCUUUUCAACCUUUCUCUCUAGGGCCUCGGAGCUGUUUAGGUCAGGAGUGA